AUGGUUAAUCCCAUCCCUCUUGAGUCAGUUCCGAAAACUAAGAUCCUGCACUCUGACUAUUGUGGUAGUAGUGGUACUGACGAAGGGAAACUCGGGGUUUGGGGCCGCAGCUUUUUUAUCUGGGUACUGCCAUUCCUGCAGAUAGGAUAUCGGGAAUCUCUCAAGAUUGAGGAUGUUCCAGAAGUUGACACAAAUCUUCAAGGGCAAUGCUCGGGUGGCAAACUUCGAAAGUCCUGGGAUUCUGUAAAGAAAAACGGUGCUCCUCACUUAAUCAAAGCUGUAUUUCGUGCAUACGGCUGGGCUUAUGUCUCCGCGAUUCCCCCACGCCUAGCCUACAGUUGCUUUACCUUUGCACAGCCCUUUUUGAUCACAGCAACUGUCAAUUAUAUUGGAGGGCCAUCGUCAUCAGAGCCUAGGAUUUACGGAAAUGGACUCAUAGGCGCGUAUGUUCUGAUGUAUAUGGGGUUGGCGGUUUCAAAAGCCAUAUACUGGCGUCAGACAUAUCAUCUACUCACUAUGAUGCGAUCUGGUCUCAUAUCUAUGAUCUAUGACCAGACUAUCGACAUGACUGCGGUGGAUUUGACUGAUUCCGCAGCUAUCACAUUAAUGGGCACUGAUGUCGAACGAAUUGUGGCUAAUUUGAAGAACCUGCAUGAGGCAUGGGCAUUCAUCAUAGAGGUGGGGAUUGCGAUUUGGUUGUUGGAGCGCGAGCUCGGCGUCGCCUGCUUUAUACCUCUCGUCAUCUCACUGGGUUCUGUGUUAGCAAUGGUCCCAGUGUCAAGCAGGUCUGGACAGGCGCAAAAACAAUGGAUCGAGCGAGUACAAAAGCGACUCGCAGUGACAGCAAACACGUUAGGCAAUAUGAAGGCUGUACAAAUGCUCGGGCUGGGUUGCGCUCUCCAACCUGCCCACUAUUCUCGCUCCCUUUGCUACGUUACAAUCUAUGCGAUAAUAUCUGUUGUGCGACACGAUGGGUCAAUCCUCUCUGUUCAGGCAUUCACAUCCCUCGCUUUGAUUUCUUUUCUCACAAAUCCCCUGCUCAUAUUUUGCCAAGCCAUGCCCGCAAUCUGGCAGGCCAUCGCUUGCUUUGCCCGGAUUGAAGCAUAUUGUGCGAAGGGUAACCCGUCAUCUGAAACAUACGAAGAGGACAUACAGCUAUUGCUGACAUCCGAAAAAUCAUAUCCAUUCCUGAUCUCAUUCCAGAAUGCAACUAUCGCAUGGUCCUCGGAAAAAGAGCCUAUGAUCCGCGAUUUGAGUGUUGACAUUCAUCAGGGCAUUAGGAUGAUAGUCGGUCCCGUUGGAUGUGGGAAGUCGACUCUGAUUGAGAGUAUCUUUCACCAGCAUAUGGUUAAAAAUGGUUCCAGAACAGCCUCGUUCUCGAGAGCAGCCUAUUGUCCACAGAACCCGUGGAUCAAGAAUGACACCAUCCGGAACAAUAUCAUCGGAUUCCUGGAGUUUGAUCAAACAUGGUAUGAUUUCACAUGUGAUGUGUGCGGCCUACAAGGGGACCUAGAUGCCCUUUCAGAAGGCGACAUGCAUAUGGCUGGUAGCGGCGGAAUAUCACUUAGUGGAGGCCAAAAGCAGCGAAUUGCACUCGCCCGAGCAGUCUACUCGAGGUUUGACAUUGUCAUUCUGGAUAAUGUUUUCAGUGGCCUUGAUUUGACGAGUAUUGCGCUUAUAACGAACUGGCUCUUCGGCAAAGAUGGCCACUUUAAAAAACUGGUAUCUGAAAUAGAUUUAGUCAAGCUUUGGAACUUUUAA